AUGUCGGCUCGCAGGUUACGGCCGUAUUUCCAGUCACACAAGAUCAUCGUAUUAACGAACCAGCCGCUCAAAAGCAUUUUGUCGCGACCGGAGGUCUCAGGGAGAUUAGUGAAGUGGGCUGUGGAACUGGGUGAACACGAUAUAGAGUACCACGCCAGAAACUCGGAGAGGGCACAGGUACUUGCUGAUUUUGUAAUGGAACUGACAAACAUACCAACUCUGGAUGUCGAGCCGUGGAUGUUACACGUAGACGGAUCGUCGAAUGCUAGAAACGGUGGGGCUGGGAUCCUGAUACAAGGACCUGGAGAGGUUGAAAUAGAGGUCGCAGCCAGACUCUCGUUUCAUGCCACCAACAAUGAGGCCGAGUACGAGGCAUUAAUCUUAGGAUUAGAGUUGGCCCAUGCAGCAGGAGCAAGAAUUUUAGAAGUAUACACUGACUCGCAGUUAGUAGCAAUGCAGAUUGAGGGAAAUUACGAAGCAAAGGAGCAGAUAAUGUCAAUGUACCUGAAUAAGUCAAAGUCUUUGAUCGAGUGUUUCGACAAAUGCACUGUCCAACAGAUACCAAGAGGAGAAAACGACAGAGCUGAUUCACUUUCUAAAUUUGGAGCCUCAUUGUCGGGAAUAAAGAACCGCAACAUAACAGUGAUGGUGAAAGAUAAACCAGCGAUCGCCGAGGUCGAUGUAUAUACGGUAGAUCAACCUUGUACAUGGAAAGACGAGCUGACGCUCUAUCUCAAGGAGGGGAUUCUUCCCAAAAAUCCUUCGCAUGCAAAGAAUCUGAGGUUAAAGGCCACCAGAUUCACAAUGAUCGAAUCCGAACUAUACAAAAGAACGGCGGACGGACCCCUGUUGAAGUGCUUGAACCACGAGCAAGCGGAAUACGUACUGAAAGAGAUACACGAAGGGAGUUGCGGCAACCAUUCGGGUGCUAGGUCGUUAGCUCAAAAAGUCGCACGUCAAGGGUAUUUCUGGCCUACCCUAAUAAAAGAUGCGAAGAGACUAGUACAAAGAUGCGAAAGCUGUCAGAGAUUCUCCACCCGGAUACAUUCCCCGGCUACACCAAUGGAACCAUUACAGGUCGCUUGCCCGUUUGAUCAGUGGGGGAUCAAUAUAAUGGGACCUUUCCCCCCAGCGAAGGCACAAAAGAAAUUUAUCAUACUCGCAGUCGAAUACUUCUUUAAGUGGGUGGAAGCCGAAGCAGUGGCAAGAAUAACGGAAAAAGGGAUGAUCGAUUUUAUUUGGAAGAAUAUCAUAUGUCGAUUCGGGAUCCCCAGAACUAUCAUAUCGGAUAACGGCACACAAUUCCAAGGGAAAGAAAUUGCGAGCUGGCUGAAGGAGUUGAAAAUUCAAUAA